CCAGAGUGUAAAACGCCAACGAUGACGGACGGAUUCUGCGUUUCAAUCGAGAGGUGUCGGAAUAUUUACUCCAUCGUCAACUCGCCAACCCCGCCUUCGCGUGGCAUACAGAACUACAUCAAGAAGGCCGCCUGCACGUUGCCAGAGGUAGAACGAAGUGUAUGCUGCCAGCCGAUGGAGGUCGUUCCGGCCAGCACGACAACAUCGACGACGACAACGACCACAUCGGCUCCCAACGUCAUUGUACCCGUUAAAACUGGCACUGGACCGGUCAUUAUGAUUGGCAGCGAACCAGACCCGGGCGCCACGUUAAACUGGAGCAUGCUACCAACGACAAGCUGCGGCACGAUCACGAUUAACCGAAUAGCGCACGGGAAUGCGACCCGCGUUUUUGAGUUUCCUUGGAUGGCGUUGCUGCGGUACGAGUCGAACGGCGAGCUGUCGGAUCGUUGUGGAGGAUCGCUCAUCAACAAUCGCUAUGUGUUGACGGCGGCACAUUGCGUGAGGACAUCCAGCAGUAUCAAACUGGUUAAAGUCCGUCUUGGCGAACAUGACAAAACGAAGGAAAUUGAUUGUCAUGUGUAUAGCGAUGGAGAGCAGGACUGCGCUGACGCUGCGUAUGAUGUGGAUAUCGAGUCCAUGGUAGUCCACAAAGAGUACAACCGGCCGAUCAAAUUUCGUCAUGACAUAGCGUUGAUUAGGAUGGUGCGCGAGAUCGAUUUUAGCGAUUCCGUUAAACCGAUUUGCUUACCAGUAAAUGAAGAUACAAGACGAAAGGUGUUGCCGAGAUACAUCAUCACCGGUUGGGGCACAACUGAGCAACAAGCUCUGUCGGAUCUGCUGCUUCAGGCCAUCGUUGAUCAUGUUCCGAUUCCGGAGUGCCAGCAGAAGAUGAAUGAGAACUUCCUGUACGUAAACCUUGCCGACGAAUGGCAGAUGUGUGCGGCAGGAAAGAACCUAGUCGAUUCCUGCCAGGGGGAUUCGGGCGGUCCGCUAGGAUUCAGCGUGAACGUAGCUGGAUCGAGGUUUGUGCAGUUUGGUAUCGUUUCGGCAGGAGUGAAGUCAUGUGGAAAGGAAAGCGUGCCUGGAAUUUACACUCGUGUUACAAGUUACAUGAACUGGAUAGUGGCAAAUAUGCAGCCAUAAGUAAACUUUCCUCAUCUACACCAUCCACGUUAAACUUUAACCCUAAACACUAGGACGUACUGAUAACUCAUUUUAGUAAUAGUUAUAAAAUAAAAAAAAUGACCUAUGUUAUAUUAAUAACAU